GGCCUCCAGCGCGCGUGCGCGGCGCACCGAAAGAGCCAAGCCACACCUGCGCGAUCACAAGCCCAGUUGCGGCCGAGGAUCUCAGGCGCUACACACGUCGCUCUUGCAGAUAGAAACGUGGUUAUUGCUGUCGUUUCAGUCUAACACAGUGCGUCGUAUCGGCACUGCAGCAACGCAAUCCUUAGCACAUUAAAAAGGGAGAGCAUCAUGGCUGCUAAACUCGUGCUAGCGCUCGCGAUGGGCGCGACGGCGCUUCUGGCGCCGACCAACAAGCUGCCAGUGAACACGGUGCGCCGCGCCGCAUCGGCGGCGCCGGAGAUGGUCGUGAAAGUGGGCGUCAUCGGCGCCGGGCGCAUCGGCUUGGUGCAUCUCGAGGCCCUGCGCGCUGCGGCGUCUUUUCUGAACUUGAACGGGGUUGUCGCGCGCCGAGGGCGUCGUCGUGCCAGCGGCCGUGAGGGCUAGGUCGUGCGGCGAGAGACCCGUGGCACGGAGCGUGACGCGUUCGAUCCCCACGCCGAGCGAGCGAGAGAGAAAGACCGUCACGACACAGGUCCCAGACCCAGGACGCCGAGUGCGUCAUCAUCUCGAACCCCACGGUCUCGAAGGCCGAGGCCGCGGCCAAGCAGUAUUUUGUUCCGGAGUGGUCCGCGGACUCGGACGACGUCAUCAACCACCCCGACGUCCAGGCCGUCUGGAUCUGCUCGCCCUCCAGUUUCCACGCGGAACAAAUUACGAAGUGCGCGGCGGCCGGCAAGGACGUGUUUUGCGAGAAGCCGAUUGCGACCGAUCUGCCCGAGACCAUCGAAGCGAUUCGCAUCUGCGACAAGGCCGGCAUCAAGUUGAUGACGGCUUUGCAGCGGCGCUUCGAUCCCAAUUUUGCCAGAGUGAAGCGAUCCAUCGUGAGCGGCGAGGUCGGCGACGUCAUCACGGUGAAGUUAUGCUCCAGAGAUCCGGCGCCGCCGCCGUUCGAGUAUGUGAAAGGCGGCGGCGGCAUUUUCAAGGACAUGGCCGUCCACGACCUCGACAUGUCCCGCUACCUCGUUGGUUCGGAACCGGUCGAGAUCCUCGCGUCCGGUUCUUGCCACAUCGACAAGAAGAUCCUGGAGUUGGAGGGACCGGAGGCGUUCGACACGGCGAACAUCAUGGUGCGCUACGCCAACGGCAAGGAGGCCAUCAUCGACGUUUGUCGACAGGCCCCGUACGGCUACGACCAACGAGCGGAAGUGCUGGGCACGAAGGCGAUGAUCCAGACGGACAACAUGUACCCGAACACGGCGCGCCUGUACGCCGCCGACUUCACGGGCAACGCGGAUUUACCGUACGACUUCUUCAUGAGCCGCUACAAGGAGGCCUAUAAACAAGAAACUUUAGCGUUCGUCGACGCGUUGGUCAAUGACAAGCCGUCGCCCUGCUCCGGCGAGGAUGGGCUCGUCGCCCUCAUCAUGGCCAUCACGGCGGGCAAGUCCGCGGCCGAGCAGCGCUGGGUCAAGUGCUCCGAGGUCGCGGCCUCGGUGCAGUGCGACGAGAACGGCUGCAUGAUCGUGGACCUCGACGACAUGGCCAUCGCGGCCGCCGAGAAGGACUCGCUGAACUGGAUCGGCAAGAACGUGAACCGCGUCCUCGGCAAGAAGGGCGGCCUCAAGAACAUCUUCUCGCGCUAACCCCAAGUCUUAAGAAACCGCGCCC